GAAAUCAAAUAAAUAAAUGUUGAAAAUGUUGCCAUUUUAUGCAAAUUGCGGGCAGCCAAAAGCCAAGCAAGCAACAGACACGUCAUCAUAGCCCAACACACACACAAACACACAUGGCCCGUCUAUUUGUCUAGGCUAUAGCUGCUUAUAUAUAUAUAUAUAUAUAUGAAUAUAGGAAAAACAUAUAUAUACACAGUCACACUCCAUACGAGACGAAGGAGAACGGAACCAGGCCACAAAACGAGUCGCAAGUCGUAUCGACUCCCGUUGCGUCGCCCCGCCUGAGACGUUGCACAGUGCGCGACGUGGCCAUUUGGGGCACAAGGACACUGAGGGCGCGGUGGCAAGGACAUUUACAUUGCCUUACACACACUGGCACAACAAGCCCAAGCCAACGGUGGGCGUGGCAGGCGCGUCGAGAGCCCGAUAGCCCAUCAAUCAAGUCCCAAGUCCGAGCAGCAACUGGGCCCCCAUGUAGCUGGCCAUAGAGCCACAGUGAGGCAGCAGUAAAGCAUCGAAAGGAUACACUCAACCAGGACACACACGUACAAGAUGGCGCGACGCAAGGGCAGCGGACGUGGCAAAUCCACGGUGAAUUCGCGUAAAAGUAAUUUGGAAACGUCGCGCGACAAACUGAAGGAUGAGCCCGCGGCCAACACAUCGCAGGCGAGCAAAUUUGAUGAUACUAUGGAAAGUGCAACAACAACAACAACAACAGCGGCAACAGCAACAAAUACAGCGAAACAUUACAAGACAGCGAGCAAACAAUACAAAAACAACAACAACAACAACAACAACAAUAGCAACAACAACAAAGUGAGCAGCACGCGACGUGCAACAGCAGCAGCAGCGGCCGCAGCAGCAGCAGCAGCGGCAACAACUAAGAAGCAAACAUAUCGCAGCAGCAGCAUAGUUGCUGCCACAGCAGCAACAACAACAACUGCAACACUCAAAUCAAACAUCAACAAACUUAACAGCAAAGCAACAGCAGCAACAACAACAACAACAACAACAACAGCAGCAACAGCAGCAGCAACAGCAGCAGCAACAGCAGCAGCAAUUGACAACAAGAGCACGCGAGAUAAUAAACUAAGCGAGUUGCCAGCUAAAUUCGCCGACAGCAGCAGCAGCAGCAACAGCAGCAACAACAACAACAACAACAACCACCACAGUGAUAAUAGUAUUAGUGAGAAUAAUUAUGAGUUUAAGGCUAGAGAUAAAGCGAAUGUAAGUGAUAGCAAAAUGACGCUACAGCAUGUGGCAAGCAGCGCAACGAGCGUGGCCACAACAACCAACAACAGCAACAUCAGCAGCAGCAACAUCAGCAGCAGCAACAACAACAACAACAACAACAGCAGCAGCGAUGAUGCGGCCACAGCAGCAACAGCAGCAGCAGCAGCAGCAGCUGGCGACUGGAAAACUUCAAACAAUUUGCGCUAUUUGCACAAAAAGUUUAAGCGUCUGGCCAGCACCACCGAACCGGAAACGGGCGAUGCGGUGCGCACCACAUCGCUCUCAUCCAACAGCUCGUUGUCGCCGCCGCCGCCGCUCUACAAUGGACAUGUGACACAGCAGCAGCAGCAGCAGCAGCAGCAGCAACAGUCGUCGCAGCAGCAGCAGGCGGGGCCUUUGCUGCCGGCCAGCAAUGAAUUCAGUGCCAAUUUCGUAAAUGCCAACAACAACAACAACAGCCAUGAGGAGAGCAACAACAACCACAACAACAACAACAGCAACAGCAGCAGCAGUAAAAAUAUUGCUGUUGCCGGUGCGCCCAGAACACGGACACCGCUCAGCAACAGCAGCAACAUCAGCAACAACAGCAACUAUGCCAGCAAUGCGACACUGUCGCCAGCAACAUUCGCACAGCAUCAACAACAGACGCAACCAACAACAACAGCAACAACAGCCACAACAGCAGCAACUGCCACACCUUCAACAGCAGCAACAGCAACUGGUCUGGCCGAGAAAAUGGGUCGUUAUGUUUGCCCGUAUUGCAAUCUGAACUGUGCAAAACCCUCGGUGCUGCAGAAGCACAUACGUGCCCACACCAAUGAGCGGCCGUAUCCGUGCGAGACCUGCGGCAUUGCCUUCAAAACGAAGAGCAAUCUCUACAAGCACUGCCGUUCCCGUUCCCAUGCGGCGCGCAUGCGCGGCUUCGAUGUGCCCGCCCACGAGGCGGAUGGACUCUCCGAUCAGGAUGGCGACGGGGAGCUGAGUAACAGUAGCUCCGAGCUGCUGAGCGUCGAAGUCCUGAGCCGCGCGGAUUCGCCAUAUGAUGAGCCCAUGGCCUCGCCGACGCCUUCGCCAUCCACGCUGUCCGCCGCAAAGAGCGCGUACUUGCAACAGCCGCCGCUGCCGCAGCACAUGCAACAGUUGCCGCUGGGCUCGCCCGCCGCUGGAACACUGCCGCCCGCCACAGCCGACACGCUGCACUCGGCGACGGCGCAGCAUCGCCAGUCGAUUGACUACAAGCCGUACAAGCCCAAGUUUCACAAUGCAGCGCUCUAUGCGCCCGGCAGCAGCAAAGAGCAGCAGCAACAACAGCAGCAACAACAGAAGCUGCCGGCGCCGCAGCCAACGCUGGUGCAUCCCACGCUCUCGCUGAGCACUCAGCUGAAGCUCAACAAUCACAUCAACUCGCAUCAGGUGCAGCUGCAGCGACAGCUUCAGCAGCAGCAACAACAGCAGCAACAGCAGCAACAUCAACAACAGCAGCAGCAAUCGCUGCUGAUGGCUGCCGCAAAUCCUGCUAAUCCCGUUGUGCUGCCCGCGCUGGUGCCGCCGCCGCCGCUGCCCUCGGGCGUCUAUUAUAUGGGACAGCCGCAGUAUUAUAAUCCGACUGCAGCUGCAAUACAUCAGCAUACGCUCGCCCUGCAGUUCCAGCAGCACUUUCAGCUGCAGCAGCACCAACAUCAACAGUUCCAGCAGCAGCAGCAGCAACACCAUCAACCGCCGCCGCCUCCGCAGCAGCAGCAGCAGCUGGUGCGCUCCAGUAGUCAGCAGGCGGCUGCCAUUGUAGCGACAACAGCAGCGCCAGCCACGCCCACGCCCACGCCCACAGCCAAUCUGGGCAGCUUUGCCAGCGGCAGCGGCGGCAUGCAAGUGAAUGUGGAAAAGGUGCAGGAGCACAUCUCGAAGCUGAUCUCACAGAACGAGGCCAUAGUCGAAAACAAGGAGAUACUGCUGCAGAAGAAGUAUCCCAAGCAGCUGAGUCGUUCGCGCAGCUUUAAUAAUGCGAGCAACAACAACAACAACAGCAGCGCCAGCAACAACAACAGCAGCAGCAAUCAGGCGGCCAACAGCAACAGCAAUCAGACAGGCAACAACAGUCAGCAGCUGGGCGAGACGAAGGUGAAUCUGGCGCAGGCCAUAGUGCUCAAGCAGCAACAGCAGCAACAGCAACAGCAGCAGCAGCAGCUGCAACAACAGCUGCAACAGCAGCAACAAUACCAAAUGUACAUGCAACAGCAGCAACUGUUGCAGCUGGAGAGUGUCAAUGGACUGCUGAAGCGCAGCAGCAGCAGCAGCGGCAGCGGCAGCGCCUAUCCAGGAAUUAAAGCCACUCCCACGCUGCCAGCAACGCCCACGGCGAAUGUGAAGCUGCAACAAUUGCCGCCGCCGCCGUCGCCGUUGCCACUGCAAACGUUGCAAUAUCGUCAGGAUCCGGCAACGCCCGUGCCCAAGCUGGAGCAGCAGCAGCAGCAGCUCAAUCACGCCCAGCCGCUUAAUCUGUCCGCCAAAACGAAGCUAGCCAUACCCACAAAACCAGCAGCAACAACAGCAGCAGCAACAACAGCAGCAGCAGCAACAACUGUUGCUGCCGUGCCGAAGAGCACAGCAACAGCAGCUGCGCCGGCGCCAAACAAUUCAAUUAUCAAGAAUCUGUUGCUGAAUGCGCGCGGCCUGGCCGUGCCCAUUGGCGAGGGCGACGAUGCCGUCUACUCCUGCCCCAUCUGCGCCAAUGAGUUCCGCAGCGCGGACGAGCUGAAGCACCACAAUAGCACCUAUUGCCAGGACGCGAACAGCAGUGCGACAAUCAGUCCGGCCUCAUCGCCCAGCCGGAAAUACUUUCGCUCCAACUCAAAGUCGCUUAGCCUGCCGGAGCUCAUGUGCGACAUGGCCAACUCAAAGAAUCCGCUCAGUCUGGCCAAGCUCGCCUGGUCGCAGCUCAAGAUCAAGCCCAGCACCGUAGUGCUCAGUCGGCUUAGUGCGGCACAGUCGCCAGCGCGCACCUCGACAGCUACUGCAACAACAAUUGCAGCUGCAGUCAGCAGCACCAGCAAUAACCCGCCAGCAACAGUUGCAGCAGCAGCUGUCAUAAUCCCGCCCAGCAUCGAUGCCAGCGGCAGCGGCGGCGUCUCGCUGCGCUUUGUGGACGCACCGCUGCCCUCGCCCGGCCCGCUUCUGGGCAAGACCCCGCUGGUGGACUAUGCGGCACCACGCAAAGCACCGGAUGCCCAGGUGGUCAUCACCAAAAUGCACGAGGAUCGGCUGGAGAACAUCAUCAUUGAAUCGCCGCCAGCGAAGCGGCCCAAGCUGAGCGAUAUUGCCAUCGCGAGCAGUUUGAGCGGCAAGGCGUUCGCAUUGCCUGCGGGCGUGCAGCUGUUCCUGGGCGGCAAUCAGGAGCUUCCUUUGGCAGGCGCCUUUGGCGGUGGCAAGGAGGAGCGUUUGCGUCGCUUCACCUCGUCCGGCGGCAGCAUGAUACCCAUCUCCGAGUGCCCCGAGCUGGACAAGAGUCCCAAAAUGAUACGCACCCCGUUGCUGUCGGGCGGCAGCUUCCAGGAGAUGUCGCCGCGCCUCAGCGAGACCAAGGAGCGUAAAUUGCCGCUGCCCGUGCCCAACAAUGGCUAUCUGCUCGCCAGCAGCAGCAGCAGCAACAGCAACAACAACAACUACAACAACAACACGCCGCAACAUUUUCAGUUUCCGCCCAUCAGCUCGAUAACUGCCUUCAAUCCUCUCACGCUGCCGCCGAUGAGCAGCAGCAGCAGCAGCAACCAUGUUGUUGAUGCCCACAAGUCCAUACCGUAUGUGCCCGGCAUACCGGGCCCGGGCAGCCUGUCAUUGCUGCCGCCGCCGCCGCAGCAGCUGCACCUGCAACCGCGCGGACGCAGUCCCAAUCGCAAGCAGCCGAGUCCCAAUUCCAAUCCUCUGCUGCUGGACGCGCCGCUCAAGGCGCUGUCGCCGUUCGGCGGCGUGCAGAAUUUACCCAGCGAGUUCAGUCGCCAGCCGCCGACGCCCGCGCAGCGUCAGGCACUGCAAUGGAGCAGCAACAACAACAGCAACAACAGCAACAGCAGCAGCAACAACAUCAACAACAUCAACAAGACGGCAGCAACAGUUGCUGCUGUGGAUGUGAAGAAGGCGCCCUUCAAUUUUCUGCGCAUGGCCGACAACGUAAAGGAGCAGCAGCUGGCCCAGGAGGUGCGACACUUCAAUUUCGAUAAUGUGCACAAGACGCAGGAGGCGCUGGCGCCGCUGCACGUCGACACGCCCGAGGAGGCAGCAACAUCUGCAGCAACAUCUGCAGCAACAUCUGCAACAGCAGCAGCAACUGCUGGCACGCCCAGCUCGGCCAAGUCGAAAUUCCUGCGACCCACCAGCCUGCCGCUCAAGCCGGGCACCUUUACGCCCAAGCGUCAUCAUGGCAUCACGCCGACAGCGAAUACCCUGCCCCUGAUCUCGCCCGAAACGCCGCGUCCCUCGAAGUCGUGCGUGCAGCUUUAUUUGAACGGGCACGCCUACACGUAUCUGGGUCUUAAGUCCAGCACGAAGAUGUUUUACUGUACUGUCAACUGUCCGCAGCCGUCGUAUGUCGCCGGCAUGCACAAGCUGUCCAUGUACAGUGUGUGGCAGGUGUGCGAGGAGAAUCAGCCGCAUCCGUUGGGCUUCAAGCCCAGACAGGUGAUGGCCCUCUACGAUUCCAGACAGAAAAUGCUCGGCUACGGCUCGACCAUGUCGAUGGCAGGCACAGGCGCCGGCAAGCUGCACUACGCCCUGGUCAGCUCACAGCAGACGAUCAGCAGCUGCUCGACGGCAAUCAAUAGCCAGAACAAGUUCUAUCAGCAUCAGCCAAAGCAGCCGCCAACCUCGAUCGGAGCGCUCAGUGAGGCGAAUGUGGCGGCCAAGGCUAGCGAGGAGGAUGCCGCGGCCGCCGCCGCCGCCGCCAAGAAGCUGGAGUCGGGUCAACUGCUUGUCGGUGGCUAUGAAUCGCAUGAGGAUUACACAUACAUACGCGGACGUGGACGCGGUCGUUAUGUGUGCUCCGAGUGCGGCAUUCGCUGCAAGAAACCCUCCAUGCUCAAGAAGCACAUACGCACACACACGGACGUGCGUCCGUUCACCUGCAGCCACUGCAAUUUCAGCUUCAAGACCAAGGGCAAUCUGACCAAGCACAUGCAGUCGAAGACGCAUUUCAAGAAAUGCAUCGAACUGGGCAUCAAUCCGGGUCCCAUGCCCGCCGAUGGUGAAUUCCUCGAUGUCGAUGUGGAGUUCGAUCAGCAGUCGUCAACAUCCGCUGGCGGACGCACCUCAUCCAUGGCCGGCGAGUCCGAUUCCGAUGAUUACAGCGACAACGAAUCCGAGAGCAGCGACACCGAUGAGUCGAAGUCGCGCAUGAAGGAGCACGAGGCGGCGCGCGGCCUGCUCUCGCUGUCCAUGACACCGCCCAUACCGCAGAGCGUAUCGCCCUAUCCCGCACAGCUGCCGGAGGCGCCCGGUCCGGCGGCCAGUCCGGCGAACAGCAUUGGCUCAUCGGCGGGCAGCGCCGCGGGCGGUUCGCAGCCAAAGCGUCAGGUGUGCUCGUUUACCUCGCCGAAGCCGCCGUUCGACUACCAGAAGCAGGAACAGUAUUACUCCAAUCCGGAGGAGUCCAAGCCGAAACGUGACGUGCCCAACGACGAAAGCAGCGCGCCCAUGGAUCUGACCAAGCCGCGUUCCAUGCAACACAUGCUACCUGCUGCUCCCGCUGCUUCCGCUCCCGCCCAGCCGUCAGAGCAGACGCUGCCCAAAUCGCAGGCACAGCAAAUGCGCGAUGUGAUCUUUGGUGCCGGCAACAACGAAAGCGGCUUCAUGAAGACGCUCAUUUCGGUGUCCGACAAGGUGCGCAUCUCCGCCGAAAUGGAGGAGCAGGCAAAGCGCGACAGUGAAGGCGACGAUCUGCUGCUGCAGACCUACAUCAAGGAGCAGGCGCUACAGCAUGCUAAAAUGAAGCAGAGCCAGUUCAGUCGCAGUUACCUGGUAAUGACUAGCAUCAGCACCUGCACCAGCACCUGCACCACCAGCAGCAGCAGCAGCUCUGCCGGCACGCCCAUUGUCAGCAGCAGCGUCGGCGGCAGCCUGCCGAAGCCGGCCAUCAGCAUCACGGAUGUGCCCAGCAUUGAGGUGCACGAGGUGCAGGAGGUGCAGGUGAAGCCCGAGCCGUCAGCCGUGGCUCCACUGCAGCUGCCCGAGGAGAGCGAGCCAUCCGAGGCACAGUUGGAGCGCGAGAAGCCAGCCAUAGCACUUCCUGCCGCUGCGCCCGUCGCCAAAGCCAGCACGGAAGUGGCCAUGUCGCAGCCGCCAACGCCGCACAACGCCAAUCUGCCUGCUGCAGUGCAGCAGCCGGAUGCCACAGAUUUCAGCGGCGUGCUAAGCAACAGCAACAGUAGCCUGACAGGAGGCACAGCAUCCGCGCGCACUGUCAUUGUCGGCGAGGAGGGAUUUAAGGCGACGCCAACAACGAGCAGCGCCGCCGAACUGCAAUCCAUCCCUGCUGCAGGUGCUCCCGGUACUGCUGCAGCUGCAGCUGCUGCCGCGCCCGCGCCCGCGCCCGCGCCUGGCAGCUAUCCCGGCCGUGUGGUGCCGCCGCCACCGCCACCGAUUGCAAGCGAUGCGCGGCCCACGUGCAUCAUAUGCAGCAAGACGUUCCAGCGACAGCAUCAGCUUACCCUGCACAUGAACAUACACUAUAUGGAGCGCAAGUUCAAGUGCGAGCCGUGCAGCAUCUCGUUCCGCACGCAGGGUCAUCUGCAGAAGCACGAACGCUCCGAGGCGCACAAGAACAAGGUGAUGAUGACGUCCACGUUUGGUGUGCCGACCACCUCGAACCCGCGUCCGUUCGAGUGCACCGAUUGCAAGAUCGCGUUUCGCAUACACGGCCAUCUGGCAAAGCAUUUGCGCUCCAAGACGCACGUCCAGAAGCUGGAGUGCCUGCAGAAGCUGCCGUUUGGCACCUAUGCGGAGAUCGAACGCGCCGGCAUCAGCCUGACCGAGAUCGAUACCAGCGACUGCGAGAAUUCGCUAAUAUCGCUCAAGUUGCUUGCACAGAAGCUGCUCGAAAAGGAUCCGAAUAAGCUCAGCGGCUAUACAACGCCCUCGGGCAUGCUGCAGCUGGCCACGGACACGCCAGCCGCCGGCCAGGACAGCGCCAGCGAGGAUGGCUUCAGUGCGGCAAACAGUGCCGCAGCCUCGGCCAUCGCCUCACUGGACAACGACAGCGCGGGCAAUACGCCCAAGCGCGCCAGCUCCAUGUCCGAGGAUGAGACGCUCACCAACGGCCUCAGCCACGGGCACAGCCUCAAGCGUCGUCUGCCCGGCAGCAGCUUCAGCAGCAACGGCGACGAGAGCGACAAUCCCCUCGAGACGACCGGCGGCAGCAACAGCAUCGAGAAGCGACCGCGAAGCAAUACAAACGAAUUGUCGCUGCCGGUGGCGACGGCCAGCAACUGACAGUACAUGUACAUGCUGCAGCCCACCUGAGUGUGGCCCCAUCACUACCAGGCCUACCAAUUAUGGCCAACAAAUCCAAAUCCAAAUCCAAAUCCAAACCGGACCCAAGCCCAGCCACAGCAACAAGCUACGAACAGCAGCCGUGGAUGCGGCAAUGACCAAAACAUCAACGAGCGCAUAUCAAA